CUUCGUCAUGGCAACGGCCGCGUUAUGGACUCCGAGAGCCACUGCCAAGCUCGUCUUUACCAACUCGGCAGUCUUUAUUCACACUUGCGCUAAUCUAUUCUGUCAGUUCCUCGCAUUCCUCCUCCUACCAUUCUCUGCCGCUGCAUUUCAUGACUCGCUCGCUUACAUUCUGAGACUGUGGGUCCAUUUGGUUGCGGGCCUCAUUCAAUGCUUUGCUCCCUCCGAUUUUGUCUUGACCGUCGAUUCUUCGUGUGAUGAGCGUAUGGUCCAACGGAACAAACAGGGCGAUGCUACUGGCAUAACGUUCCCAAAACGUAUUCUUGUCACGUCAAACCACCAGAUUUAUGCAGACUGGCUAUACAUUUGGCUGGUAGCAUUUGCUGCCAAUGCGCACGGCUCCAUGAAGAUUAUUCUCAAGCAUUCGCUGAAAUACUUGCCCGUCUUUGGCUUGAGCAUGACCAUCGUCGACUUUAUCUUCCUGAAACGCAAGCUGGCUGUGGAUAAGGAGACUAUCGUCAACAACUUGGAACGGUCGAAACGGCACAAGAUACCCACAUGGCUUCUCCUGUUCCCGGAAGGCACCGUCAUUUCCGAGAGUACCCGCGAACGAUCGAAAGCCUUUGCGAAGAAGAAUGAUAUGAACGACAAUCGAUUUACACUUCUUCCACGAUCCACAGGUCUGAAAUUGAUACUCGAAACACUGGGCGACGAUCCUGAAUGGAUGUAUGACUUUACAAUUGGAUACCAAGGAGUCAAGGCGACGGAUAUCCCAGAAAAGGUCUAUACCAUCCGCAGCAUCUUUUCUUUGGGCGUGUUCCCAAAGAAGAUCCACGUCUACAUCCGGAGAUUUCGGAUACCCGACCUUCCGUUACACGACGAGAAGGCAUUUGCAAACUGGCUCUUUGACCGAUGGGCAGAGAAGGAUGAGAUGCUGGCUCAUUACUAUGAUAAAGGUCAGUUCCCGGACGGAAGAGAUAGGCUUCAGCUGCCGAUCCGCUUGAAGAACCCUAUCCGCGACAUUGGCAUGAUGUAUGUGUUGCUGUUACCGUAUAUACCAUUCUGCCUAUUGGCCUACAAAUUGUACAAUAUGCUUUUUUGCAGUGCAUCAUGAAGCAACUUUAAAUAAAUCCCUCCCUCCCCCCACCAACCACCGCAAAUACUUUCAAUGUUUCAUUUAAAAAACUUUACAAUUUCGUCAUAAUUUUUGAAACAUGGGUUUUUUGUGUUAAGAUCAUGGAUAUAUAAAAAAGAUUCAC